UCCUCAUUAAAUCUGGCAAAUGUGGUUAUAUUGAAACAUUUUUCAGCUGUCUUUAAGGAAAUGGAAUAUUUUAGAAUUUUAAUGUAUUAAUGAAUUAAUGUUCAUCACUAUGCACUGGGAUUGGUGCAGGUCAAGGUAACUUUAAUUUGUAAAUAGAUAGCAGCUAUUUUUUGUCGCUUUAUGAAUUGGAUGGUUAGAUCUGAAUAUGGAAUAUGAGUUUGACCAUCUACUCCAAAAGCAAGUCUAUGAUGAUAUGGUUAUGGCUGUUGACUCAAAUGAAGAAGAUUGGUGUAGAAUGCAUGAUUUUGUUAUAACUAAUGGACAGAUCUUGGAAUAUACUGGCCAUGGGUUAACUAUAUUAGAUGUUGGCUUUGCUCAAGCGAGAAAUCCAUUGAAUACUACUUUUCAUUACUUUGAAAUACAAAUUAUAGAUCCAGGUGAAAAUUGCUAUAUAGCAAUUGGGCUCACACAAAAAGACUAUCCAAAAAAUCGUCACCCAGGAUGGGAUGAAGGCUCUAUUGCAUAUCAUGCUGAUGAUGGAAAAAUUUUCAUUGGAAGUGGUGUUGGUGAAGAUUUUGGUCCUAGAUGCCAAAAAGGAGACAUAUUAGGCUGUGGAAUUUCAUUUGCUAAUUAUGUAAACAGUUUUAGUGACCUGAUGUUUCAAGAUAGAGAUAACUGUGAAUGGAGUGAUGAAUCAUCAAGUGAUUACGAUAUGACAUCUGAUGAUGUUAUAAGUUCAUUAAAAACCAAAUCUAGAAAACGAGUAGAGGUGUUUUUCACAAGAAAUGGUUCCAACCUUGGUGUUAGAAGGGUUGAAAUGCCAGAAAGUGGUUUUUAUCCUUCAGUGGGUAUGUUAAGUAUAAAUGAAAAAGUUCGUGUUAAUCUGAGACCUCUUACUGGAUGAUGCUGAAUUAUGACUGAUAUUAUAUGUUUAAAUUUGGUAAAUUUGUUAUCUAAAAAUUAUAAUUUUGAGCUAAUAAUUGUGUUUGUGUAUCCAAUUUUUUAAAAAUUGUCAUUAUUUUGCUAUCUAUUGUUUUU